AUGAAAUCGUUAUCAUCACCAACAGAAUCCAAAUCCAAAUCUGAAUCGAAAUUAAAAUCUGGGAAAGUCUAUGAAUCUACUUCUGCUUCAAGAUUAGCUCCACCUAACAACAAUGUACCUUCAGAAAUCCCCAAACCUAACCAACUCGAAACAACCCCAACAACCCGCAUUUCACUUGGACGACCCCACAGAAUAGAACCCACUCAACCAAGCGUUUCCAAGGAAAAACACAACCGAAACGUUUCCAGAUCAAAAGGCUCUACUCGAAACGUUUGUGCUGACCGCAAGACCUUCACGAGGUCUCCAGGGGCGGGGAAUGCUUGCAUGCAAAUUGUUGCCACUGAGCGAAAAGUUUUGGUGGAUUCUUCAGCUUUGAGGAGGUCGCCGAGGCUGCGAACUGGGGGUUUACAGAUUGUUGUCAGUGAGCGAAACGUUUCGGGUGUUUUGGCGGAUACAGCGCGCUUGAGGAGGUCGCCGAGGCUGGCAAAUGGGUGUGUGGAGUUUGUGGUAGGUAAAGGGAGGGAUUUUCUGAAGAGAAAGAGGGCGUUUUACGAAAUGUCAAGGUCAACGAGAAAUCAAAACGGCCGAUUGGACAUGCAGCUUGCCUUGGUUCAGUGUUUGAAAGCAGAAUGCUCGAGCGAGGCGUCGUCGAAGGGAUCACCUAUAGCAUGCAGUUCAGCGAAAGCUAAAUUGGGACGCUGUGAAAAGUGUGGUUGUCAAUCUGUUUCGUCGAGAAUUUCUAACUCUGUAGGGGAUUUGGUAGACUUUGAAGCCAAACCGUUGUUGCUUCCAUGCCACGAAGACAGUGAGAGGGAAACACCGUUAUUGCUUCCAUCGCACGGAGAUAAUGAGAGGGAAACACCGUUAUUGCUUCCAUCGCAUGGAGAUAAUGAGAGGGAAACUGGCAUUGUAAAAUGCGAUGAAGGGUCAAGUGUAUUUGGGGAGGAGCAGUUGAGGAGGUCUCCAAGUUUUGAUUUUGCAAAUGAGAAUUAUGUUAUUAAUGAGUCUUCCAUAAAAUCUUGUAAAUGUUCCUCGGCAUUGGACGGGGAUGGAAAUUUUGAAAUGAAAUCUUGUUCCAGUGGGAUGUCUGAUGCAGAGGAUGUACGCCCUUCUAAGAGGGUUAAAAUCUGCGAAGAAAAUUCUGAUUCAGGAAUGUCAGAUGAAAAGCUCUUGAGACGGUCUCCCAGGAUAAAUUCUGUUAUUGUGGCUGAAAAUGGAAAUAUAAAUUCAGCUAAGAAGCACUCUCCAAAGAAGAAUUCUGGUAAAGAACGGUCUUCAGGGAAGAAGCAGAGGAAACAUGAAGGUAAUUUUUCCCUUAUUGGAGAUCCUGUCUCCGAUGAUGAAGCUCAAGAAAGUGAUGAUGAUGAUGAUGAUGAAGAUAAAGUUGUUUGGAAUGUUGAAUGCCAUUACACUCAGGCUGACAUUGAUGGUUGCAUCAUUAAUCUUGGAGAUUGUGUCUAUGUAAAGGGUGAAGGAGCAAAAGAACAUAUUGGUAGGAUAUUAGAGUUUUUCAGGACAACAGACAGGGGAGAAUAUUUUAGGGUCCAAUGGUUUUACAGAGCUGAAGAUACAGUUAUGAAAGAAGCAGCUGAUUUUCAUGACAAGAAGCGGGGGCAAGAGUCAUCAUCACUUCAUAUCUGUGAUUCUCUUUCUGCAACACCCAGCAACACUUCGUUGGAAAACAUGUCCAAUUGUGGAAGUUACAAAGCAAAGUUGAUGCUUCUAGAUCUUUUCUCUGGCUGUGGUGGAAUGUCAACUGGAUUAUGCCUUGGGGCCAAAGUUUCUUGCGUUGAUCUUGUGACGAGAUGGGCGCUAGACAGUGAUGAGUCUGCAUGUGAAAGCUUGAAGUUAAAUCAUCCGGAGGCACACGUUAGGAAUGAAGCUGCUGAGGAUUUUCUUGAACUAUUGAAGGAAUGGCGAAAACUAUGCAAACGGUAUAAAGGCAAUAAUAUAGAAAGGACACAUAAGUCAAGAUCAAUGGCCUUAAGUAUGUCAAAACCAAAUGAAAAUUCUUCCAGUGAUGAUGAUAUUGCUCCUGGUGAAUAUGAAGUUGCUAGGCUUGUUGACAUUUGUUACGGGAAGACUGACAAGAGAGGAAAGCGUGGGCUGAAAUUUAAGGUGCACUGGAAGGGACAUAGUACCAGUGAAGAUACAUGGGAACCAAUCGAAGGCUUAAGUAACUGUGAAGAAGCUAUACGGGAUUUUGUAAGAGAGGGGAUCACAUCCAAGAUCUUGCCACUUCCUACAUACCAGGGUGAUGUUGAUGUGAUUUGUGGAGGCCCUCCAUGCCAAGGGAUUAGUGGCUAUAAUCGCUACAGAAAUGUUGAUUCUCCACUUGCUGAUGAAAGAAAUGUUCAGAUUGUAGUCUUCAUGGACAUAGUGCAGUUCUUGAAACCUAAAUACGUGUUGAUGGAAAAUGUAGUUGACAUUCUUAGGUUUGACAAGGCUUCGUUUGCAAGAUAUGCUUUAAGCCGGCUGGUGCAUAUGAAAUACCAAGCAAGACUUGGCACCGUUGCGGCUGGGUGCUAUGGUCUUCCACAAUUUCGGUUACGUAAACUGCCCCAAUUUCCACUUCCUACUCAUGAUGUUAUUGUUAGAUAUUGGCCUCCGCCUGAGUUUGAGCGGAACACUGUUGCAUAUGAUGAAGACCAACCUCGUGAUGAUCUAGAAAAAGCCACAGUUCUUCGUGAUGCCAUUUCAGAUCUUCCAGAUGUAGUCUCACCAUAUCCUGUGACAAGCAAUGAAAUCCGUGAGGAAAUGGCAUACGACAAGCCUCCAGAAACUGACUUUCAACAAUUCAUAAGGUCAAAAAGAGACGGUAAUGGAGCAAAUUUCAGGGACCUACCUGGUGUGGUUGUAGGAGCUGACAAUGUUGCCCGGCGGCAUCCAACGAAAGAGCAAAUGCUUUUGCCAUCUGGAAAGCCCCUGGUACCAGAUUUUGCCUUAAAUUUCGAAGGAGGAAAGUCUAGAAGGCCAUAUGGGAGAUUAUGGUGGGAUGAAACAGUGUCGACUGUUGUUACUUAUCCAGAUCUUCACAGCCAGGCUGUGAUACAUCCAGAGCAAGAUCGAGUUCUCACUGUACGAGAAUGUGCAAGGCUGCAAGGUUUUCCUGAUUAUUAUAGAUUCCGUGGGACAGUUAAACAAAGGUACCGUCAAAUUGGAAAUGCUGUUGCAGUUCCUGUUGGUCGUGCCUUGGGAUACACUUUGGGGAUGGCGUUUCAAAAACGAAGUGGGGAUGAUCCACUAAUGACAUUACCUCCCAAGUUCUCUCACUCAACUAAUCUUCAAUUAGCUAAAUCCCUGUUUGAGAAGACAGAAUAG